UAUGUUUUUUGUGUGUAUUUUUUUCUCUUCGUUGUAAGCUACCAAUUACCAAACUUGUCCUCUCUGAACAGAGUAGCAACUUCACUACACCCAGAAGCAAACACCGGUUUUCUCAUACUCUCUCAAUGGCGACACCACAAUUCCUCUCAUCCUUUAAAUACGCCGACAGUCUUACGGUAGUCGGAAUUUCAAUGUGCACCGCAGUCGUCUGUGAAGCCAUUUCAUGGAUCUUAAUUUACCGUACAAACUCUUACAGAUCCCUAAAAUCAUCCAUCGACAAAGCUUCCAAAAAACUCGAAACUAUGAAAACCGAUACCACAAAAAUCAUCACAAAAAAGUCCAAAACCAAAAAAAUCGACCGUGUCGAGACCUCCCUGAAAGAAUCAAGUCGCGAUCUCUCUCUCUUCAAGUUCAAAUCCGGCGCCGUUGUGGCUUUAGUUCUUUUCAUCGUUUUUGGACUUCUGAAUUCUCUUUUUGAAGGUAAAGUCGUUGCCAAAUUACCGUUUACUCCUAUUGCGAUCGUUAGGAAAAUGAGUCAUAGAGGAUUGCAAGGUGAUGAUGCUACUGAUUGCUCGAUGGCGUUUCUGUAUUUUCUUUGUUCGAUUAGUAUCCGUACAAAUCUCCAGAAGUUUUUAGGGUUUUCGCCUCCUCGUGGUGCUGCUGGUGCCGGAUUGUUCCCUAUGCCUGAUCCCAAAACAAAUUAAUUAGGUUCGAGUUUUUCUAACUAAUUUUUUUGCUGUUUACUUAUUAGGUGAUAAUUACGUCUGAUUUUAGGAUAAAAUCGGAAUUGAGUAUAUGGGUAAUGAUUUAAUAACGGAUCUCUAGAACCAGCUGUUGUUGUUUUCGUGAUUGUUGUUUUUUCGUAAGUGUAAUUUGGGCGACAUUUCUAUCUUUGUUUCUGAUUUAGAUUUUAUUUAUUUAUUUAUUUAUUUUAUUGACAUUAUGAUAGCUAAAUUAUUCAUUAUGAUUUAUGAGAUCCUUUUAUAGACAAUUUAAGUUA